AUGACGAGCUUGAAAGACGACAGCGAGUUCUACCACACAGUCGCGAACGAAACAACAAGCGAGGGAUCUAGAUAUUUCGUCCCAUUCCAGAAGAGAAAAUGGGGACACACGCGUGUUUAUGUUUGCUGCUGCGACAGGGACGCAACCUCUGGGUUCCCAUGUGGUGAAGAAACGGGUGGGGGGUCGUUUGAUUCGGGCAUUGCUGUUGUUAAAGUUUUGGAGAAGAAGCUAGCAGUGGGGUCGGCUGGUAUUGUUGUUGUUAUUAUUUUGUGGGAUGGAAUUGCAGUGUUGGAUAACGGGUUGAAGGAAUAUGGGCUACUGGAAAUAGACAUAUACAUGACUGAAAAUAUUAUAACUGAUGAGGUGGUUGUCCUGGUCGAUGAAAGUAUUAAUUCAAAUGCUACACGUCAAACAAAAUAUGUUCAGUUAAAGGUAAAGAAAGAAAGAAAGAAAAGAUCUCGGGCAUGGGAUCAUUUCGGAUCAUUUGUUGAAGAAGAAGGGAAUAAGAAAUCCAUGUGUAAGCAUUGUGGUGCAGAUUAUUUUGCUGAUUUAGGUAAAAAUGGUACGACGUCAAUGCUUACUCAUAUGUUAACAUGUCCAAAGAUGCCUCGAAUUGUUGAUAAAAAUCAAACUCAAAUAGGCUUUAAAACAGUUCAAGGGGGUGAUACGGAUGAUGUGGUUGUUGUUUCUUGGAAAUUUGAGCAAGAGCAAUGUAGGAAAGCUUUAUGUCGCAUGGUGAUUGUGGAUGAACUCCCUUUCAAAUUUGUCGAGAAGGAAGGUUUUAGAAACUUUAUGAAAGUAACGCAACCUCAUUUUAAGAUUCCUUCUCGUACCACUGUGACGCGUGACUGUUUUAAACUUUUUGAUGUGGAGAAACAGAAGUUGAGGAAAUCUUUCGGAGAAGCACAACAAAGAGUUAGUCUUACUACUGAUACUUGGACCUCUUUGCAGCGAAUUAAUUAUAUGUGUAUCACUGCACAUUGGAUCGAUAAAGAAUGGAUGAUGCAUAAGAGGAUAAUUAGCUUCUGUCAAGUUUCUAGUCAUAGGGGUGAAGAUAUGGCUAAUGAGAUAAGUAAGUGUUUACGUGAUUGGGGGUGGGAUAAAAAUUUUACUAUCACAGUUGAUAAUGCUAGUUCGAAUGAUGUGACUGUGAAAGAGUUGUCGAAGAUAUUCACCAAACGGGGUACCAAUUUCAUGAAUGGAGAACACCUUCAUGUGAGGUGUAUGGCACAUAUUCUAAAUCUUGUUGUUCAAGAUGGUUUGAAAGUGUCGGCUGCAUCUAUUGAACGGGUUAGAAAAGCAGUUAAAUACAUUAGGUUGUCUCCUGCAAGGUGUAAGAGGUUCCAUGAAUGUGCUGAAGAUGUUGAUAUCAAUUGUAACAAAUCUUUAUGUUUGGAUGUUUCUACGAGGUGGAACUCCACAUACUUGAUGUUGAACAGGGCUAUUGAGUUUGAAAAUGUGUUUUCUAGUUAUGUUGAUCGUGAUAUUGGUUUGUUGCAUUACCUUCAAUUUGUUGAGGAUGAAGAUGGAACUGCUGUCGGUGCACUUUCGAGUGAUGAUUGGAACAAUGUAAAGAAAGUUGCUGAUUUCCUUCAAAUCUUCUAUGAUCUUACCAGAGAAGUAUCUGGAUCACAGUACGUUACAUCAAAUUUACACUUUCUUAAGAUUUGUGAAGUUUCUUGUUAUUUGAAAAAAUUGAUAGUGAGUGAAGAUGACACUGAUGAUCUUUUGGGUAAAAUUGCUAAAAAUAUGAGAGAAAAAUUUGAUAAGUAUUGUGGUACUCCUAACAAAAUGAAUAAGAUGAUUUUUAUUUCUUGUGUUUUGGAUCCUCGACACAAGUUUGUUUUGGUUGGCUUUGCACUUCAAAUGAUGUUUGGAAAAGAAAAAGGACUAGUUCUAGAGCAUGAAGUUAGAGGCUACAUGGAUUUAAUGUUUGGUGAAUAUGUAAAGUCUCUUUCAAAAGAUAAAGAUAGUCAUCACUCUUCAUCUUUAUCUAGCUCUUCAUUUGAAAAGUUCAGUUCACUGCCUUCAAGUUCAGAUAGUACUGUCCAAUCAAUAGGAUCUUUGGGGUCAUUCAUGGUUGAUCUAAUGAAACAUAAAGCUGGAAAUGCUACAAUUGUUAAAACAGAAUUGCAAAAAUAUCUUGGUGAAGAAAAUGAAGUUGAAACCAAGAACUUUAACAUCCUGUCUUGGUGGAAAAUAAACUCACCUAGAUUUCCAAUUCUUGCCGAGAUGGCUCGAAAUGUGUUAGCUAUUCCUAUUUCAAGUGUGGCAUCCGAGUGUGCAUUUAGCACUGGUGGACGUAUUUUGGAUUCAUUUAGGAGUUCAUUAACUCCUAAAUUGGUGCAAACUCUAGUGUGCCUUCAAGAUUGGAUUCGAAGUGAAUCACGACAUGUUAGUGUUGAGGAAGAUAUAGAUGUCCUUGAACAACUUGAACAAGCAUUCUUGAUGAUUAACAUGGAGUUGAAGCUCUUCUUUGUUGCAUUUGGAUGUGGACAUUUGCUGUUAAAGAUAGUUCAAGAUGAACUGCCGAUUUACAACUGGGCUUGGUUCUAA